ACUUAUUGACUCCCUCCAUACCGUUCAAUCACGGACCCUCUUCUGUUUAAUGGCUCACUCAGUUUCUCCCUCUCCACUGACAAGAUGACAGAAUACAGUGUCACACUGACUGAUGAGAAUGGAAUAGAUCUCGUGUUUGAGAACAUUCCAAUCAGUACAUUUGAUGUUCAAGAAAUCCUAGUGUCUGAAUGUGGUGGUGAUAUUUGUGUGAGCAUUGAGUAUGUGGAAGGUACCCUCUCUCCCGGAGCUCUUGUCUGUGUGAUGCGUUUCAUUGAUGGAGUGUUGAAUUUUGCUAGUAUGAGAUUAGUCACUAUCCCUCGUAGCAAGAGCGAGAAUUUCACCAUACCUGUUCCUAGUGGAAGUUACAGUGUGAUAGCUUUCGAUCUGGAGAAGAAUUUUGUACCGAAAAUUCCCAUCUCAAUGGCAGCGGAUAUUAAGAAUAUGACGAUGGCCACCACUGGUGGUGAAGGAAGUAUCCGUCCCCCACAACCCAGCAUUGAGGGCAUUAGUGCAACCAAGUUACCAAGUGGAGGGGUUAAUGUGACUUGCUCUGACUCUGCCCGGAAUUGUCUAGUCUUGUUCCAAUCUGAUAGUGAUUUGGUUAGAGCGCUAUUUCGUUUUAUCAACACAUCUAAGAACUCAACUGUCGUUUUUCGGAAGGACACCUUUACUAAUGGCUAUGUGGUGGUGUACUCUUGGAAUAGUUCACAGUCCAUCUUUGAAGGGGAUGUAUCGCUCAUUAUGCAACUGGAUCCACCCACCACUGCUCCCACUACACCUCCAACGUCUGAUCCACAAACAGACCCACCUCUUCCUGAUAUGGAGUCCCUGCCAACAUCAGUUAUCGUUGCCACUAUUGUUGUCUUGGUUGUGAUCAUCACUUUGGUGAUAGUACUCAUCAUUGUUGUUGUAUUGUGUCAAGUGAAGAAAGUUAAACGAGGUGGCAAGGUGUUGCAUUCCAGGUACAAUCAUUAUCUGUAGUCGUAGCAGUAUGUGGGAAUCAAUGUGAUGGGAAUGAAUGUGGUGGCCAUGUGCUACAUACAUGAUUGUACAUGUACAAUUUACAUCAUAUAAUUUAAAAGGACACUUGCUAGCAUUCAUGCUGAUUAUGAUAUACAUUGUACAAGCAAUUCCAAUUAGGCCAUAAUAAUGACAUCUGGGUGCAUGGUCACAUUAGCGUGAUUGAAACUGGUGCUGUUUUACAACAAAUCUGUUUAACCAGAGAUACAAAAGAA